AGUAAGGGAAACUUUAACAGGUAGUGGAUAAUAAAAGGGCCGGAAACCCAAAAAGUCCAAAUUUCAAGAAAUUAUAACAGUUUAUAAAUUGAAUACUUGCUUUAUUUGCCAGGCUCUCAGAUUAUAUUAAUUAACAUGUUUCAAUCUCAGAGCAGAGAAAACGGUAAAGUCGAGGGCGCAACUUCUACGGUGCGCAUCACGAAGGAUACGAUCCAAUCUCUAAAUUACUACGAAAUAUUCCACCUUCCCUCUCCGGUAUCAACGAGUUCAACCUCAUCGUCUUCAUCAACCUCAGGAAUAUUUAUCGACGCCCAGGCGCUUCAGCGUGCGUACCGACGCUAUUCUUUGUUAUUUCACCCCGACAAGGACCCCUCUCCGGAGGCGCGUGAGGCCUUUGAGCGGGUUAAAAUUGCCUUGGAUACUCUUAUUGACUCGGAAAAGCGCUCGGCCUAUGAUGCUUCUCUACGUAAAGCUGAGGAACCAACAGCAGGGGGUGCAAACAGCGUUGAGGAAUUGCAUAGAAAACGCCAGGCGGAAAAGGAUGCGAAGUGGGCAGAGUUUAUUCUCAAACAAAAAGAGAAUCAGAGAGCAGCAUCAGAGGAUGCCAAGCGCCGCGAUAUUGUUGAGCGUGAGGAAACAAUGCAGCGUAUUCAUGCAGAGCUUACCAGCUCCCUAGAAACCCCAUUUAAACAGAUGGAGCGAGAAGUUGUGAGUGACUGGGAUGUCGAUGCCGAGCUCUUGCAAAUGAAGCUGCAGGAUGUUGAAAAGCUUCUCCAGGAGAUACGCUUGCAGACUAUCGACCCUGAUGACGACGUGGCUGCACGUUGGAAGCGAAGAAGAAGAGAAAAAGUGUCAAACACUUUUUGAUGUCAUGAAUAUUGCAAAAGAGAAGCCGAAAAGUGGCCACUGCAUCAUUUGACACGAAAUAACUUCACUGAAAAA